UUUUUUUUUCUUUUUCGCUUAUUCAUGAAUUUUCAUGAAUUUUAUCCCGAAAACCGUUACUGAGUCAACUCGUCAUCUCGGUGGCUCAGCCACUAUUUCAUAGUUCACCACCGCCAAAAUUUCACCCCUUCUUCUUCUCUCCCCAUGCGAUUCUCAUGAACCGUCGCUUCCGAUGUCGUCGUCUUCUUCUGGUACCGACGCUCUAGCUCUUGCGCGCAACCGCAUCCUCUCAAGCAAGCUCUACUUCGAUGUGCCUCCUUCCAAGGUUCCGCUUAUCUACUCCGAGUCUUACGAUAUUUCAUUUCUCGGCAUAGAGAAACUGCACCCGUUUGAUUCGUCCAAAUGGGGACGAAUUUGUGGAUUUCUUGUCUCUUUUGAUGUUUUGGAUAAGAAAUGCAUUGUUGAGCCUCUUGAAGCUUCCAAGGAUGAUUUACUAGUGGUGCACUCAGAGUCGUACUUGAAUAGCCUGAAGGAAAGUUCAAAUGUUGCUACGAUAAUUGAGGUCCCUCCUGUGGCGUUAUUUCCCAACUGUCUUGUGCAAAAUAAAGUUCUUUUCCCAUUCAGGAAGCAGGUUGGAGGAACUAUACUGGCUGUGAAACUUGCAAAGGAGAGAGGAUGGGCCAUUAAUGUAGGGGGAGGUUUUCAUCACUGCUCUGCAGAAAAAGGAGGUGGAUUUUGUGCUUAUGCAGAUAUUUCCCUAUGUAUCCACUUUGCAUUUGUUAGGUUGAAUAUUUCAAGAGUGAUGAUCAUUGAUCUUGAUGCACAUCAAGGAAAUGGUCAUGAAACGGACUUUGCUGAUGAUAGCCGAGUCUAUAUCCUGGAUAUGUAUAACCCUGGAAUAUAUCCUUGGGAUUAUGAUGCAAGAAACUACAUAAAUCAGAAAGUUGAAGUAAAGAGUGGAACUCUUACAGAAGAGUAUCUGCAGAAAUUAGAUGAGGCACUUGAGGUUGCUGCGCGAAGGUUUAAACCUGAGUUGGUAAUUUAUAAUGCUGGAACUGACAUCCUAGAUGGUGAUCCAUUAGGAAGGUUGAAGAUCAGUCCUGAUGGAAUUGCUCUUAGAGAUGAGAAAGUUUUUCGGUUUGCUCGUGAGAAGAACAUUCCUAUAGUCAUGCUCACUUCAGGUGGAUACAUGAAGUCCAGUGCCAGAGUCAUUGCAGAUUCAAUUGUCAAUCUCUCAAAAAAAUGCUUGAUAGAAACCAGAGGAGGUCCAAAGGCUUAGUAAGAGAGCUUCUGUACUUUCCACGUUAUGUGAUUAUCCUGUGAUUUACUGACCAGUGACCAUGUAUGGGUUAUAAUGUUUCAUAUUAGUGUUUGAUAAAAAAAGAAAAAACUGAAUCUAGAUGAAAACGUGUUUUACAUAUAUGAGUUGUAAGAUGUCUGUAAAUGUGAGUAUAUGAUACAUAAAGUAGCUGUAAAAAGUAGCUGUAAAUUAUGUAUAUGCAUGUGAAACUUAAAUAUACGGUUGAUCACGAUCCACCAAAAAAAAGAGGGUGACCACAUGGGAGAUGUCUCUACCAUUCUAUCUUACUUUAUCUCCUCUGCAAUAUGAGUUCGGCAAAUUUGUGAACGGAAUUCAGUCCCAUUUUAUUUUA